UGAUUUACUUCCUUCAGCACUGUUGAAUUGAAGGUUAGGUGGUGAUUUAUCAGAAAGUGUAGCAGGAAAAAUCUUGUCAUCAUUGCUAAGACGGCAGCUAUUGGCUAACUACAAGUUUCUGGCUGGAAGGGAGCAGGACAGGAGAGAGGGGUGGACAUGCUGAUGAAGCUUCAGCUCUCCCUGUCGGUCAUCCUGCUGCUUGCCUGUGGCUUCCUCUACCAGUUCACGCAGAAGUCCAGCUGCCUCUUCCCCCACCUGCCUCCCUACAAGUCCCAACAGGGGCUGGAAGCCCUCCUGGGCCAUGGGCGCAGCAUCGUGUUCCUAGAGACCUCAGAGAGAAUGGAGCUAUCCCCGCUGGUCUCCUGUGCUGUGGAGUCUGCGGCCAAGGUCUACGCUGAGCAGCCUGUGCUGUUACUUAUGAAAGGGCUCAACAAUUCCACGCAGCUGCCCCCAAACUCCACUUCCCCAGCCCUUUCCCUCCUCUCGGCAAUAGACAAUGUUUUCCUCUUCCCUUUGGAUAUGAAAAGCCUGUUUGAAGACACACCGCUGUUUUCGUGGUACACUCAGAUCAACAGCAGCGCAGAGAGAUACUGGCUCCACGUCAGUUCAGAUGCAUCCCGCCUGGCCUUCAUCUGGAAGUACGGCGGUGUCUACAUGGAUACUGAUGUCAUCUCCAUCAGACCCAUCCCCGAGGACAACUUUCUGGCCGCGCAGACAUCUCAGUUCUCCAGUAAUGGGGUGUUUGGAUUCCUCCCCCACCACCCUUUCCUGUGGCAGUGCAUGGAAAACUUUGUGGAAAAUUACAAUUCAGAUAUUUGGGGCCACCAGGGUCCCGAAUUGAUGACAAGGAUUUUGAGAGUAUGGUGCAAACUCAGAGACUUCCAGGAGGUGAGCGACCUCAAGUGUUUAAACUUCUCCUUCUUACACCCCCAAAGAUUUUAUCCCAUCUCCUAUGCAGCGUGGAGGCGCUACUAUGAAGCCUGGGACACAGAGCCGAGCUUCAACGACUCCUACGCACUGCAUCUGUGGAACUACAUGAACCAGGAAGGGAGGGCUGUGGUCAGAGGAAGCAACACACUGGUGGAAAAUCUCUACCGUAAGCACUGUCCCAAGUCUUAUAGGGACCUGCUUCAAGGUCCAGAGAGCUCGGUGACUGGGGAGCGGGGCCCAGGUAACAAAUAGAGCCAAUGUUGGGUCGUUGGUGCUACAUCGUGGAACUGGCCACUUCCUGGAGUGCCAGACUUUCACCUGAUCUCCACUUCCCCUAGGUGUGCGGACGCUCACCCACAUAUCAGUUACAGUUACAAUUUUCCACAUCAUUCCACCAAAGAACUAUUAGAACUAGUAAAGGAAUUCAGUAAAGUGACAGUCAAUACGCAAAAAACAGCUGCAUUUCUAACCACUAAUAAUGAACCAUCAAAAAGAAAAAGAAAACAAUCCGAAUGACAUCUGCAUCAAAAAGAACAAAACACCUAGGAAUAAGUUUAACCAAGGAUGUGAAAGGCCUGCAC